GUUUGCGGAGUGACAUUAUCAAUAGUCUGUUUACAUAACACACUUUUGAUAGUUUGUUUUUUCCGAUAACUGACCGGUAAAUGCGGCAAAUAUCUUUUCUCAAAUUAUUUUCAAACUUAGUUAUAGUAACGAGAAUGGCUAGUACUGAUGCGAAACUGGUUCUAAAAGAAAUCGAAGGUGAUUUGUUUUCGGCUCCGAAAUCAACUUCUCUUGCACAUUGUGUUGGUGGUGAUAUGGGGAUGGGUGGCGGAAUCGCUGUGGUAUUCAAGAAAGUUUUCGGAAGGGUUGAUGAACUGUUGGCUCAAAAUAUUGGUACCGGAGGAGUGGCUGUUCUGAAAGACAAUGAUCGGUAUAUCUACUAUUUGGUGACAAAGGAUUAUAGCUACCAAAAGCCCACUUAUGAGAGUCUUCGGGCUUCGCUGGACUCUAUGAGGAAGCAUAUGGUAGCCAAUAAAGUGAAUAACUUGGCCAUUCCACGCAUAGGAUGUGGAAUUGACGGUUUGGAAUGGGAUAAGGUGAAGCACGAGCUGGAGACUGUGUUCGGUCCUGAAGAAAUCAAUAUUACCGUCUACAAUUUUGUUCCCAAAUGAAGUGACUGAUAUGGAUUCAAUCCCCACAAUACUGCCCUUGGUCAUCUAUGGAUAUCGUUAUUUGAAGUUUUGUUACUAUUAAUUUUACGAAAAAACGUUAAAAUACUCCAAACUGAAUCUUAUACGACGGUUUGCUUUUGAAUGUGAUGCAAUUUGUAAAUUUUCAUUAAAGUUUUGUAAACCCACA